AUGCAAGGUACUCAAAGUAUCAACGGCAGUCUUUUUGGGAUUGAAAUAAAUCCAAAUUUAAUUACUCCGAUCACUGGGCCUCUCUACCAAGCAUAUGCCAACAGCGGUCCAACUUGGCAUAUUGUUCUCCCUGCAUCUCUUUUAUUUAUUGUAGCCCUCUUCGGCAUUAUCCUCAAUUCUUUCGUUGUAAUAGUCACAAUAGCAACCCCAACAUUGCGCGGAUCAGCCAAUUAUUUAAUGGCUUUAAUUUGUUUUUGUGAGGUUUUACAUGCUUCUGGACAUUCUAUAUUUUUUGUUAUUGCUGUUACUGGAAAGAAUUUUGUUCCUUUAUUGGCUGCUAAUUUGUUAAUGAUUGUAAGGGCUUAA